UUUUACACUAUGGUUCAAAUUUAGUUAUUUUUAUCACAUGUGGAGUUAAUGUUAUCAAUGUCAAUAUUAUAAUCAACCAUAUUCUUACAUAAAAUAAUGAAUAAUAAAAAUAAACAAUAUUGAGUUGAUAUAUGCAAUGCACAGUGCUCAAUAUAUUAACAGUUUGCCGGAAAACAUGCACAAAUCAAAUGGCUAUUAAGGAAUCUUCUGGCCAUAAACAGAAAUUUGUCGAAGAGAUAGAUUACAAUGAAAUCGAAAAACUCGAAAUUGUUGGAAAGGGAUCUUUUGGAGUGGUCUACCGUGGAAGAUGGCGAAACAAUUAUGUUGCUGUGAAACAUAUUGACACUGAAGCAGAACGUAAAGCUUUUACUGUUGAAGUAAGACAAUUAUCUCGAGUAAACCAUCCUAAUAUUGUUAAAUUGUAUGGAGCCUGUACUUCAAACCCUGUGUGUCUUGUAAUGGAAUUUGCUGAAGGAGGUUCGCUUUAUAAUGUUUUACAUUGUAAACCAGAACCUGAGUACAAUUUAGGACAUGCUGUUAGUUGGACGCUACAAUGUGCUGAAGGAGUAGCAUAUCUACACAAUAUGAAACCUAAACCUCUAAUUCAUCGUGAUCUGAAACCUCCAAAUUUAUUACUUGUCAAUGAAGGUAAAACUUUAAAAAUCUGUGAUUUUGGAACAGCUUGUGACAAAAAAACAUACAUGACAAAUAAUAAGGGAAGUGCUGCUUGGAUGGCACCUGAAGUAUUUGAAGGUUCAAAUUAUACCGAAAAAUGUGAUGUUUAUAGUUGGGGGAUAAUAUUAUGGCAAGUUUUAACAAGACUGAAACCUUUUAAUGAAAUUGGAGGAUCUGCAUAUGGAAUUAUGUGGGCUGUGCAUAAGGGUACCAGACCUCCUAUUUUCGAACAAUGUCCACGUCCAUUUCAAGAACUCAUUACUACGUGUUGGGACCAAAAUCCAAAUAUAAGACCAUCAAUAGAUCAUGUUGUCGAGGUAAUGAGGAUACUUAUAACAUUUUGUUCAGGAUUUGAUCAGCCAUUAAUUUAUCCAAAUGAUUGUUAUACUUUUAGUAGUGAAUAUGAAAACGAGUGCUCUUCUGAGGAUUCGUGUACAGAUAUUCCAGAUUCCUACAUUGAAAGUUUAAGAAGUCAUACAGGAGUAAAUGGUAUCUUAACAAAUGAAAAGCUAAUGUCAAAUCCAAAUUUAUCUACUCCAUUAAAUAUAACUGUUAAUGAUACAUUUGAAAAUUGUGAUGAUUUGAAAAUAUUGACAAUGCCUGGAUUUGAUAAAGUAGGUACUUAUCAUACAGUUAACUCAACUAAUAAAGGAGAAGAGACAAAUUUACAUGGUGAUGUUACGGAUAAUAUUGAAGGUGCUUCCGGGAUACAUUCCGAACUAGAUCAUUUGUAUUUAAUGUUGGACCAUCAACUUCGUCCUAUUUUACCCGACACCACGUGUCCUCAAUCAAUUGAGAUAUUUGAGGAACAUAAACAACUUGCCGAAGAAUACCUUAAAGUACAAACAGAAAUAGCAUAUUUAUCUAAACACAUGGAACAAUUAGCAGAGAGACUAAGUCAAGAAGAAGUAACUAUUACUGAUGAAGUAACAGAAGAUGAUGAUAUUGAAAUAAAAAAAUUGGAAAAUGAAAAGAAACACCUAACACAAAUGCGUUUAAAUUUAAAAAAACAACUAGAAAUGAUAAAUAAAGAAGAUAUAAAGCAGCUAAAUGAAGAUAAAAAAUGUCCAAAAUCCUAGUUCGAUAAUUUAUUAUUCUAGUAGAUCUUAGUGGAUAUUAAUUUUUUUUUUAAGGUAUGUGAUUAUGUAUCAAUUAAUCACAUUAAUUUUUAUGAUAUAAUUGAAAUUUUUUGUAAUUAGUACAAAUUUUCAUUAUAUUUUAUAUAAGACAAUAAUAUUUAGCAAUAAUUUUGUUUAAUGUUAAUUUUUAUUUUUAAAGGUCUCAAAGUGAUUUUAUUAUUAAGUAUAAGUAAUUUUUUAUUCAACGAUUUGUAAUGAUAUUUGUUUAUAAUUUUACUAAUUAUUGGCUAAUGUAAUGUUCUAGUCAAUUUUUUCUAAUAUUACAAUUGUGUCUUCAUGCUGGUUUUAGCUGUUAGUAUUUUUUAAUAAGUUAUUAACUCCAUGUAACUUUAGCAAUUGAGUAAUUAAAAUAUUCAAGUUUUGAUAUUUCUAGGAAUUUACUAUAAAAAUAAUGAGCAAAGAUAUAAUUUCUAGUUCACAGGCCAAUGUGUGCAAAGUCUCCAUAUUUUAAAAGUCUCUAUCACUAUUACAACACUGGCAUAAUUAUACUUACAAACAAAUUUUAUUAUUUUCUGGUUAACCCAUAUGGAAUAGAUAUUAGUUAAUUUCCUGGCUCUGCCUCUGUGGGGAAGGUACUAGUGUAUGUGCAAUUGUAUGUGCUACAAACCCAAAAUAGACAUUUCAAUGUUGACUAGGGCAGUGAUAAAUAUCACUAAAAAAACACUUUGUUGUAAAUCUGUUAAAUUUUAAUAUAUAUUAAAUGCUUGUUAAAUUAUUUUAUA